AUGCCCUCGGACAGUGCUCAGCCCUUCCUGCACAACAGGCCCUCGGGACAGAGCUCUAGCGCCAAGACUGACGCAUGCAGGGCCCCCUCCAGCGAGAUCAGGCCAAACCAAAGAACCCACCGGCCUCGCUCCCGCGCGGGGUGGGGCGGGCGCUCAGCCUUCGGACCCGGAGGGGACGGGACGGGACGGGACGGGGCGGGGCGGGGCGGGUCCGGGGAGCGGGGCGCAGACAGCCCGGCCUCCUGUGGGUUCGGCGCCGUGGGGGCGCGGCUGGGCCGGCAGGCCGGGCCGGAGGCUGGCUCCGAGGCCGGGGCGGCGGCCGGCUGCGGGCCCGCGCCCUACCAGCGCCGGGUGCGGUGGCUCCGCAAGAUCCACCCCACGCUCCGCGAGCUGCCGCCGGAGCGCGCCCGGCAGCUCUGCCUGCUGCGCCUACUGCGCCAGGACCUGGGCCUUGAGAGGACCCUCCUUCCUGAUAUCCUCUACAGAGAUGUGGCCUUCCUCAACCUGGUCGACCCCAUCUCCCAUGACCUGCUUGUGAACCUGGCCCGGGACCUGCAGUGCCCCAAGAAGGACUACGAGCUCUGGAAGUCCUUGGACAAGAUCUGCCGACAACUCAUCUACCACCUCACCCCUCACUCGAAGCAGCAGCAAGGGUCCAGCCUGCGCCAGAGGAAGACCCAGAGCUGCCUCAGGAGCAGCCUCCAGAAGACUCUGCUGGCAGGGGAGACUGUGGACCUCUCAGGCAUCCUGCUGUCGACACUGGACGUGCAACACAUCACACGCUACCUGAGCAGCCACAGUGCUGUGCUGGUGGUGCUGGACCUGAGCUUCACAGGGCUGAGUGAUGAGCUGCUGCACCUGCUGCUGCCCAGCCUGUGGGCGCUGCCCCGCCUCACCCAGCUCCUGCUCAACGGCAACCGACUGACGUGGGCCAUUGCCCGCAAGCUCACUGAUGCCAUCAAGGGCACCGCCAAGUUCCCUGCAUUGGCCUGGGUGGACCUGGGCAACAAUGUGGAUGUGGCUUCCCUGCCCCAGCCCCUGCUGGUCGGCCUGCGCCGGCGGCUGAGCCAGCGCAUCUCACUCCCCACCAUCUACGAGGGCCUGGACCUUGAGCCUGAGGGCGGUGCGGCCGGAGCCACCACCCCUGCCUCCACCUGGCACUCCACAGCUGCUGGGCUGGGACCCGAGCCCCAGGCCUGCUGCGCCAGGUGACCCACCACCCACCUGACUCAUUGCUACUGACUUGUGAUGCUCUCAAGCACAUGAUAGUGGGCGAUGAAGGUUGAGGAGGACUCACAGGCCCCCAGAGAUCCAGUGCAAAUUGCUCAGCCUGAGAUUAAGGGGACAGAAGGAGAAUGGACUCAUAGGUGGCCAAGUGGCCAGCCCCGGCUAGAGGCUCAGCCUUCCCUCAGUGGGAGGGGCCCCAGCACCCACAGUGUGGACCCGGCAAUGAAGAGUGACACCUGCCUCUGCUUUUCUGCAUCACCAACCUCAGGGUCACUGAGCAACAGCCCUGCUGCUGGGGUGGGGAGAAAGGGUGGCUGUGUGUAUCCAAAAGGGAGGGACAAAGGUCACACUGACCUUCCCCCAGGUGCUCUUUGGGCAAGUCCCCCAUGGAGUCUAAGAUGUGGGGGUCCUGGGUCCAUCCCUGUGGGCUGGGGAGUUAGAGGAGGCCUCCAGAGAGCAGGCCUCACAUCUGGGCAGGGCUUGGGCUCCUUGAGAAGGGGAGCUGCGAAGGAGUGGGUUGGGAGCCCCAGGAGGAGCAAAGCUCUAUAUGGAGCCCCACAGCAAGCUCAUGUCUGAGCCCAGGCUGCCAGCCUCACCACCAGGGCCCUCUGGGCAGGGGACAAGGCUGCACAGACCAGAGGCAGGGGCCACAGCUGACUAAGUGGGAGGACUUGGUGCCUGCCUCCCACAGGGUACAGUGCUGCUUGCCACCCCCAGUACCCAGCCCCAGGCCUCCUGUACUUGGUGAGGGGCAGCUCUGUGGGGUUAGGAGACACAGCAAGCCAGAGACAAAGUGCUUGUGUGUUCCCUCCUGGCCCUGGGGGUCCCCAUGUGGGAGAGCAUGCAGGGGGUGGAUGUGCGCAUCAUCAGCAGCAGGGGGCCUUGGGGGCACAGUAGUCCUAGGGCUGCCCCUGGCAGGGGAAACUGUCUCCCUUCCUCCCCAAGCACCAUCAGGGUGGGCUCCCAACCAGAAGCCUAAUGCCACAGUCACCCUCAGCCGUGUGUGGGGAGUUACAGUUCAGCCCAACCAGAAGACAGGCAGGGCAGGCGGGAAAGGAAUUUAGAGAUGUCCAGGGGGAUACUGAGGCCCAGAGUGGGGAAGUCAUGUGCUAAGCCAGGAGGUAAGGUCUGGGGGCAGUGGGCCCCUGCUAGAUGAGGAGAGACUCAGCAGCGGAGGGAGGCUUCAAGACUAAGGAGGAGGCAGCGGUCCUCCUGGGCCUACACACCCCAGCCACCAGCUCUGACUUUCUCUCACAGCCAUGGCCCACAGGGGACGGUAAGCGGCGCAUCCAUCCCCCGUGGUGCAUGGAUUCCAGCACAUUCCCAAUCUGGCUGGAUGCAUAACAGCUUCUCAGGGCAGAAGGAGAUGGCCAAGGAGGGUGAGGACAGGAUGGUGUUGGGUCCCAGGACUGGGAUGGAGGCAGUGAGGAAAAGGAUUUUCCUUAGACCCCACUGAUCUCACUGCUUUAGGCGGACUUCUUACCCAAAGGCUUUGGAGAGAUUGGAGAUCUCACAGUUCAGGCCCGCUCCGCUCCUGACUUGCCGUGGGACCUGGCCAGGCCUUUCCCUUCUCGGGAUCUCUGCUCCCUCCCCUCUGUUAAAUAGGACUUCCAGCUCUCAGCACUCCAUCCUGGGGUCCAGCUCCCUCCCAGCUCUCCUUGUUUUAGGGACUGGCCCUGCCCAGCAGCUCAGAAGCCAUAGAAGUGUUUCCCUAUGCCCCUACUCUGGAACAGGGUGUUCAGGCUCCCCAGAGUGAGGCAAAAUGGGGUAGAUGGUGGGAGGGGCCCGCAGAGAGGAUUAUGAGAAAAUGAAAGCUUAAACCAACAUGCACUUAUUCUGUGAGCAAUCUAUUACUUAAAUCAAAACUGUAUGAGAGCCGGCCCCAGGCCAGGCAAGCUGAUAAACCUGUCACAUAAGCAGGCCUCUGAGCCCUCCCUGAAACUCCUGUUGGAGAAAUGCCAAGCUCUCCAGUCCCUUGUGCCCUGCUGACUCCCUGCCUACCACUGGCCCUAAGCCAGCCCUCAAACCCUCCACCAUCACUGAGAGAUUCCUAUCAGGAUGGUGUGCGAGGACCUGAGCUGGUGUUCCAGACAAGCUCUGGGAGAAUCCAGACAGCAGCAGAUAGUUUCAGUCUCUCUGCCUCUUGGACAGAAGCACACGAUGCAGUAGUGGAGCCAGAGCCUGAAACGGAUCAAGUGGGGAAGGUUGGCCUCACUGCGAUGCAGUAGUGGAGCCAGAGCCUGAAACGGAUCAAGUGGGGAAGGUUGGCCUCACUGCCAUGCAGGUGUUAACAGCCUUCACGGAGCCUUCACGACCACCAGUAAGGCCGUCGAGGGCAGGGCCACAAAGCUCCAGGAAGUGGGAGCUUGUGGCUCAUGCAGUCUGGUGAGGCAGAGAGCACUGGCCAGGACAGCUCCAGCCCAAGCUCUAAACGGAGGAGGAAGCAGGUGGGCCAUACUUAGGCCGGUCCUCACUCAGGCCUAGUCUAGGAGGCAGACAGGCCUGGCCUUGGUCCCAGCCCGUCACUUGCUGGCGAUGUGCUCCUCUCAGAGCCUGUUCCCUCAUCUUGAGAAUAAGGUACACCAAGCCUCCCAUUAUCCCACUGGAGUGAGGAUGACGUAAGUUUUGGAAAGUGUCUACCGCAUUGAGGGGAGGAGGACAGGCACUCUUCAAUGUCAGCAGGGCCUCCACCCAGGGCUCUCUGGGUGGCAAUGGCAGGAACCCAAACCUUUGGGAUUAGGCCAUAGAUGAAGCCAUUUUUUUAAUUCAACAAGCACUUCCAUAGCCUCCCUUGGGCCAGGUACUGUUCCAAUGGCCUUAUACUCCUUUAAUUCUCUUCUUAUUUGAAGGAGGUAGGUGCUCUGUUUUCCAUGUGAGCCGACUGAGGCAGAAAGAGGUUAAGAAAGGGGAGUUGUCAGUUGGGCGCUGUUGCUCAUGCUUAUAAUCCCAGCACUUAGGGAGACCCAGGCAAGCUCCUGACCUGAGGUCAGGAGUUCGAGACCAGGCUGGCCAACAUGGCAAAACCCCGUCUCUACUAAAAAUACAAAAAAAAAAAAAAAAAAAUUAACCAGGCAUGGUGGUGGGCGCCUGUAAUCCCGGCUACUUGGGAGGCUGUGGCAGGAGAAUUGCUUGAACCUGGAGGGCAGAGCUGAGAUCAUGCCACUGCACUACAGCCUGGGCGAUGGAGCGAGACUCUGUCUCUAAAAAAAAAAAAAAAGAAAAAAAAAAAGAAAAAAAAAGAAAGGGGACUACUUGUCCAAGUUCAAAGAGCCAGGAACUAGAGGAGCCAGAGUGUAAGCCCGGGUGGCCUGGUGCCAGUCUGUGACGUUAACGCCUGCAUGCUGCUCCCUCUCCUACAGCCAUCCCAGGGACUGUCACUGGGGCUACUCGGCCCCAGGAGUCACCUAAAUGAGCAAGCCCCUUCCAAAGAGGCCAUUUGAAGCAGAAGAACCAUCAUGGUCCCCCUGUGGGGAACAGACCUCAAGCCUCGUUGUCCCUGGAGCAAAGCCAGUCAGGACCUCCCUGGACCUCAGUUUCCUGAUCUGCAGCUACAUGGUGGAAGGAGCCAUGAUGAUCUGGGCUUUGCCCUCCCUCAGGAUUGUAAGAGACUAGCAAAGAGUGGGUUUGGAAGUACUUCCCAGGCUGAGCAAAACCCAGGCAGCCCAGGCCCUGGGGUGUGGCAUCCACACCCAGCUCUUGGAGUCUGCCUUCAGCUUCCUGGGCCUGAGGCUCCUCAUGCCUCAGCCUGCCUUGCAGGAAUGCUGAGAACAUCAAAAGGAAACAUGUAGAAAAGAUGAUGUGCUCCACAGGCCCAAUGUGACCAAGAGUCGGGAACCUCUUUUCUGUCGUAAAAGGGAGGAUAUUGAAGCCCAAAUAAAGUGCUUUAGGACAUAAGCCUGCAGGAAAGGUCAGCCUCUGCUGACGGUCUUUAUCUCAAGAAUCCAGAGUCUUGGGCAACUGAUCCUAGCUGCUGCUAUCAACCCAGCAUGGAGGUUUUUCUCUGGGACCUGGAAGGAAAGGAAAAUGCAUGUCUUCCACUUACAGCUAGUUGCCAAUCACCCAUGAAAACUAGUAUUUUCUUUUCCAACUGUGCACUACAUAUGGUUUUUUGUUUGUUUGUUGUUGUUGUUGUUUUUGAGAUGGAGUCUUGCUCUGUUGCCCAGACUGGAGUGCAGUGGCACAGUCUUGGCUCACUGCAACCUCUGCCUCCCGGGUUCAAGUGAUUCUCCUGCCUCAGCCUCCCGAGUAGCUGGGACUACAGGUGCCGGCCACCAUGUCUGGCUGAUUUUUGUAUUUUUAGUAGAGAUGAGGUUUCACCAUAUUGGCCAGGCUGGUCUUGAACUCCUGACCUUGUGAUCCACCCACCUCAGCUUCCCAAAGUGCUGGGAUUACAGGCAUGAGCCACCUUGCACGGCCUGUUUUUUAAAAAUAAUGUUUUAUUUUUUAAAAUAACCCUUCAUUGAGGUAUAAUUGAAAUACAAUAAAGUGGACAUUCCAAGCAUUAUAAGAUUAAUGUGUGCAAUAUGAUACAUUUUGCCACAUGUAUACACCCAUGAAGCUACUAUCACAAUCAAGAUAGUAAAUGUACCUGUCACCCCAAAAGUUUCCUCAUGCCUCUUGGUAAUCCCUCCCUCACACCUCUCCCUGCCCACCACCAUCCAAAAGCAACCAUUGAUCUGCUUUCUGUUUCCAUAAUUUUUUGGGAUAUAUGGAAUCAUAUAGGAUAUAGUCUUUUUUUUUUUUUUUUUUGAGGUGAAGUCUCACUUUGUCACCCAUGCUGGAGUGGAGUUUCAGCUCACUGCAACCUCCACCUCCCAGAUUCAAGCAGUUCUGCCUCAGCCUCCUGGGUAUCUGGGACUACAGGAGCAUGCCACCAUGCCCAGCUAAUUUUUGUAUCUUUAGUAGAGACAGGGUUUCACCAUGUUGGCCAGGUUGGUCUUGAACUCCUGACCUCAAGUUAUCUGCCCACCUCAGCCUCCCAAAGUGCUGGGAUUACAGGUGUGAGCCACCAUGCCCAGCCAGAAGUACUCCCUUCUAUCUGGCUUUUCACUCAGCAUAAUUAUUUUGAGACUCACUCACGUGUACCAGUAGUUCCUUUUUAUUGCCGAGUAUUGCACUGGACAGCGUGCCACAAUUUAUCCAUUCAUCUGUUGAUGGACGUUUGAGUUGUUUCCAGUUUUUGGCUAUUACAAAUAAAGCUGCUUUGAA